GUGCUUUUUUCGUGAAAUUUAUCACCGACAAAACGCUGGUGAAGAAAGGAAAACAUCGAAAGUGCUGAAUUUAUCUCCUUCACGCACAUUGAUCAACUCUAUGUUUGUUUUCUUCGGAUGAGGAACUUCUUACUUCUGACAAGAUUAACUUCUUGAACGCGGUUUUAAUUCAUGGAUGUACAGUAGUCACAAAAGAUUAGCGUCUUUCCGUUCAAUAUGCCUCAAAGCAACGCUGUAAAAAACGCUGAAAAUGACUGCAGAAUACAAUAUAUAAAUGUUUCAAGGCAAUUCGAUCUCGAGCGACAAAGGAGGGCGAAUCGCACUGCACAUCAAGGUCUGUAUUUGAACCUGUAUCUUUAAACAUUUUGACUUUCUUCCUACAAGCUGUCGCGGCCGUCAAACUAAAGAGCAUUUUUAAGAAUAUUGAACAACCCUAGUCAUUUAAUAUUCCAACCGGGUUUUAAAAGAAUUGAUAUAUUUCUUUCUUUACGCUAUCUUCAAGGUCUUUCCAAUAGAAUUUCCUAUUUUCGUCAAGAAUCUCCAAUGUGAAUUUGAAAUAGGAGAAUUUUUAAUCAGUUUGCUUCUUUAUAUCUUGCAGAUGGGAUGUUCCGUGAGUUUGAUAAAGUUAACACUGAUAUUUCUGAAACUUGGCGAAGGGCAGCCCUACUUGUGUCCUUUGCGUCCAUAACGAUAACUCUAAACCUAGGAAUAGCGUACUUUGGUGAGUAUCUCAGGCAUUUAACCUCCACAAAUCGCCUACAUUUAUUAAUAUUUCACACGAUGUUUUUUUAGUACAAUUAAAAAUUGAAUAUCGAGCUUGGCUGUGUCUGAAGAGAAUUCGUUUUGCAUGUGCGGUGAAUAAAUUUUAAACCUUCUCCAGUGUUUGCCUAGAAGUACAAAAAGAUCAUUUAAAAUAAGCCGUCCCCUGAAAUUGUUGUUUUAAAUAUAACAUCGAUAAUUACAUGAACGAAAGGUUAUCUGUCAAAUUGACAAAAACGAUACAUAUUUAAUAAAACAAAAACUUGGCUAAAAUUAGCCAAAAUUCAGUUUAAAAUUUUAAAUUUACAUUUUCAAAAGCUCUUAACGUAAGAAACUAUCACUGGCGCCAUAAUGUAUAUCUUUUUUAGACCGGCACUGUCAAUGAAUAAUUUUGGAAGACAAAUGAAUCCUCGUUCAGAUAGCAACUUGGUAAAGUUGUCAGCUAAAAUAUGCUUUCUGCUGAUGGAAAAAAUCAAAUCAUCUUCAUCAGUUAUCUUUGUGCGAUAACGACAAUUAAGAUGGUCUCUCCUUAAUUUCCAAUUGGAGCAUUGUAUCAUACAGCUUAGCCUUUUAACACCUAAGAGUGACUAGUAUUUAAUUUUUCCUUACAAUAUCACCCCUGAAUCACUCAUCAGGGUCAGGAGAAUAAAGGAAAUGAUUAUCAACUAAAGAAGGGUUUGAUUGUUACACAAAUUCUCCUUGUCGGUAUCUUAAGAAAAUGUGUAGAGAUCAGUAAGGAGACUAUGUACAUCGAUGUUAAAGUUUAAAGGGUAAAACUACGACAGGGAUGAGCUCAACCUCUAGAGAUUUCUUGCCUGAAACAUUUUAGAAACUGAAAAACGAUGAAUGUAACAUGUCUUUGUCAAUUUAACAUCAGAUCCAUUAGGUGGAAAUCGAGAUAAUCCUUUAUUAGGAUUCUGUUGUAGGGAUGCCUUAAAAUAAAUCCCAGUUUUCCGACUCUCGGCAAAAAAAAGGAAAUUGUUUUCUACUGGUGCAAGGUUCAAAAUAUCGAGGGUUGAAUUAUAGAACUUGUUUGAGUAGGGGAAGACACUUUUGAUUUAAAUUGUCGUCGACAAUUUAGUGACAUUAUUAGUGAAAAAAGUUGGUUCGAUCUGUCGAUGAUGAAUGCACUAUAACAUAUGAAUGAAAAGACUUGAUUUUGUGGCGAGGGGAAGGAAGGGAUACAGGUUUUUUUAAUGAAGGCUUACCACGUAAAUUAAAUCUGCCUGGAUGACCUUUAUCUAAAAAAUUUGAACGUUUAACGCCUUAGACUAUCACUGAAAGAAUCUUUUCCUUUUCAAAUGUAGUAUUGUCUACCUUGGAUGGAAGCCCGGCAGCGUUUGGCUUCGCAGUAAGUUGUUUAAUUUUAAUUUAAAGUCAGUUCCAUGCGACGGCUGAGUGUCCAUUAAGAUGUGAAGCACUCGCGAGAGAUGCGGUGGAGUCGUAGGAGGCGCAGCUGCUAAUAUUUUCAGCAUUAUUUUUAAGACAAUUUUUUUUUCGUCGCAGUUUGCCGCAGUCUUAGAUGCCUGUUCUUCCGCUGUUGUGGUGUGGAGAUUCUCAGGUGCAGCGGGACAAAAAUAUUCUUUCGAAAGAGAACGAAAGUAAGGCAUGACUUACUUGCCAUUUUAUUAUUCGUUUCCCCAGUUUCUUAUUUGCAACUUUUCGAUUGUUUGUCGUAAAACAAAUAGCGAAGUUACCACAACAACCAAUCAGAAAAAAAAUGGAAUGUCACAAGGAACCAAUGAGCAGAAUUUACCAAACGCGGGAAAAACGCCCGUGGCCAAGUCGUGAUUGUCUUUUGCCUUUGAGUUAACAUCUAAUUUGUUGAGAAUGUGGAGUGAGUUCUCAAUACGAGUCACAAAGCGAGGUAAACCCGAUCCAGAGAAAUCUUCAAUAAAUUUUUGAACAUUUUUCUGUAAUUAAAAGACAGCUGCCUUUGAAUUGUGCGAGAAAAGUGUAUAAAAGAACUGCUAAUGAGGCUGGUUGACAGCCAACUCCUCCCCUCAGUUUCCCAAGUCCACCUGGCCCAGUCUUUUACCAUCCUCUCGCUAAGGUUCUCCUUCGGGGGAUUGGGGCGAGGAGACAGCCCGCACUUCAGAUUAGACAGUGGCCGGCGUAAAUAUUUGCUUAACGUUUAUUUAUAAUUAAUAUCUAAUAUGCCAUUUGUCGUCGUUUCAUAGAGCGUGCAUCGUAAUUGGAGGAUGUUUUAUUUUGUCUGGCUGUGCGAUCCUGUCUAAAGCUGUCUACAUGUUGGUUAUUGACAAUGAGCCAAAAAGGGUGGGUACCUGUCAGUUCAGCGUACAAUAAGUUUUUUGCUAUUGUUCAUCGCCAGCAAUCCGUUAAAAUCUUCUCCAUCCUUAGACUUCUUUUUUACUUCCUGGUUUAUGACUGCCUUUUCCUCGUUUUUCCCUCCUGUCAAUCAAGUAUUAAUCAGUCUCCUUAAAUAUAAAUCAAACUACUGUGGCUCAUUUCCUUUAAAAAAAACAGCGGUCGAGUAUUUACCGAAUGAAUGCCGAGUAUUGGCCGAUUGUUUGCCGAAUAUCGGUUGAUGUUGAAUGACCGAGUCCACAUCCACCUGAAACUCUCAGUAUAUUUACUCAAUCGGUUCGUUUUGUUUUGUUUUGUUUUUCAGAGUACUCCACUUUUAAUAACAACUUUUGCUGCUUUUGGUUUCAUGGUGUUGUUGGCCUGGUUUAAAUACCUUAUUGCUUAUAAAGUGGACAGCAGAGCUCUUAGAACAGACGGUAAGCCUACACUUUCUCACUUGUCUCAUUAUUGAUCCCACUAUCUUCCACACGAUAAUAUCUUGAUUAAGUUUUUUGGUGGUUAAAAGGGAGUAAGUUUCCAAAGAAUCUUUGAUGCUGUGUCGGUGGGAUGGAGGAUGGAGGGGGGGGGGGUGGAACAAAAUAAUGGAUCAAUAUCAGUAUCUGGGCAACUGCCCACCUACCCCUCCCCUAGCCCAACAUUAACCCUAACUUGUUAUCAGUUGACUGUUGUUGAGUUAGGGGAGGGGUAGGUGGGCAGUUGCCCAGACACUGAUAUUGAUCCCAAAAUAAUUUGAUUUUAUCAAUUAAGUUAUUAACGUGAAUUGGCCACCGUAGAGAGGUGAAGCUGACGCUUCGAGCGUUCGCCCUUCACCAAAGCGGGGUGAACUUAGAUCGAUGUUUUUCUCGCGCCCGUAAAGAAACGAAUCAAACCCUUAUUUAUCAUAAUUAUUUUUACCCGACAAAAACGGGUUUGUGAUUACCCUUAAAACACUCCUUGGUAACGCCCUUGAAUUCAUACAAGGUAUGUUUUAUUUUCACAGCCUUUAAUUCGACAGCAGAGGCAGUUAUGGCUUUUGUGAUGGCUAUGAGUGACGUCAUUUACGAUCAGAAUCCAAACAUUUGGUUCUUAGACGCAUCUGCAGCAAUUUUUAUCGGAUUCGUCCUCUUCGUUUAUGGCAUCAGGUAAAAUCAACCCACAGAGUAACUAUUUAUAUAGCAUAUAUCUUGAGAUGUACGUUUUUUCGGGCAUGAUUUUCGCAGAACAUCAGUAAUUGUCCAUGAAAUAUUUUCUAUUCAAAGUGGCGUCUUACAUCCUGGAAAUAAAAAAUUUGAGGCGAUUGGAAAAUACUCUUCCCACUGUUUUAGAACCGAACUAAAUAUCUCGGCAAAGAAGGUCGUGGAUCAUAGUAAUGCUAAGUGAAAGAAUGUCUGGUUUACGGGAAAUAAAAGUAUUCCAGAAUUCAAAGUUUGCAUACGCUUAAUCCUUUCACUCCUAAGAUCGUAUCGGUAAUUCUCUUUACUGUCUGCAAUACAAUUUCUAUGAUGCGAGUUUAGGGAAUUUGGUACUGGAUCAGCUAAAAAUACCCUAAUUGAUGUUUUUCUUCAUUCUCAUCAUUUGUCUUUAGGAUAUUGUAUUGAUAUGUGGAAGAAAUUCUGUCUUGGUCAUUUGUGGGAGAAAAAGGGUUAAUUCUAAGCUUUUCAUACUCUAGUAUCCAAGCGCCACGUAAGACACAAGAGUUUGUCCAUUUACCGCAUUGAAAUUUAAAACUACACCGUUUAAUUUGCAGGACGAUUGUAGAGUUACUUCUCACCAAGGGAAUGGCUCCGAUUCCAAACAGUUAACUCAAUAUUAUGAUCACAUGUUCGAAUAUGGUAUUUGAUCCUCGAAGAGUAGCAGAAGCAUCAAUCAUAACCCUUUAGUUACCAGUGCUCUCAUGCGUACGUGAGAGAGCAAGAAAGAAUCUAGGAACGAGUGCAAGAAAUGAGUAGAACGAAAAUGAGCUUUUACAUAUUUUGCUAUAAGAAUACAGAACCUUACUCGAUUGCGUAAGAGAGCAAGAACGUUUAUAAAAAAAAAAUCUGGGAAUAAGUAUGAUAAAUAAAAAGAAAGAAUAAGGAAAAAGGAAUGAGCUUUUAUAUAUUUUGCUAAAAUAAUACAGUACCUUUCUCGUUUACUCGUGUUUAUAUGUAUGUUUAGGUCUAUUUAAAGGAAAACAACAAGAAAAUACGCAAACGUAAAUGCUUUGUUAUACCUGGAACAGGUUUUACAAAUUACGAAAAUAUUCAAGUUAAGAAUUUUGUGUGGUUAGGCUUGUUCUCGGCCAAGUGUCUGCGAGAAGUAUGGUUAGGAACUUAUGUUAACGUCAUAGCUUAAAUUAGUGCUCAGGUUUGACCGAGUAACUGAAACGCUUCAUAAAAACCAGAAUGCUAUGUAACCUAACCUGAAUUCUCUAGAAUGGCAUUAAGAGUAUGCGCGGUCAUUACGAAAGGCAAUUCAUUCGUUGAGUUUUGGAAAGAAAACUGGAAAACGAUAACGUGAAAUUGUUGCCUUUCAUUCUCAGAAUUGCACAGUAUUUUUGAAUAAGUGCACAAGACAGCUGGAAAUGUUAAUACUAAUAAAGUCUUAAUUAUUAUAGAUUUAAAGAAUAUUGGACUGAACUAAAUUAUACAAGGAAAAUUUUCUAUCAUGAUAGGUCUUGAGAUUUAAAUAAAUGUUAGGCUAACCGUGAAAAAGGUUGGUUAAAAAGAGAAUGAACUUUUGAUUCGUAAAUGUUUAAUUGCCUAAAUAUUAAUGGUAGUUAACUUGAAAUGAAAGCUUCUAGAAUUAACAAGAAUUACAACAAUGUUGUUGUUUUGUAAAUAAGUAAAAAAAAACAAGGAUUUAAAUAAAAAAUGUAACA